AUGGACAAGUCUUUGCGUGUUCGUUAUAUAGUUGCUAAUCAAUUGUAUGAACUAUGUGAAGGUGUGGGCCCUGAACCCACCAAGGGUGAGUUAGUUCCAGCAUACGCUGAGGCUACUUUUUGUAGCCAGUGGAUGGUUAUUGGGGAAGACUACAUUGGACUCUUUGCAAUAAGAGAUAUUAAGAAGAAAGACAAGUUUCCUUUGAAAGAUGUUCAUCAGAAAGUGAUGUACUUCAGAUACUUUUCCUACAUAUGGACCCAAUAUUAUCCCUCCCCAGACUUAAAAUGCUUUCAGUUAAGAUACCAUGAGAGAUUCUACUUCAAUCCAGGUGAAACUGGCUUCAAGGUGUUCCAAACCAAGUUUGCUAAGAUAAGCAUGGUGGAGUGGGCUUGCUGUGUGCUGAUUGUGUGUUUGAUGGAUGAAUUGGUCCUGAUUUGUGGUUGGAUACUUAAGGAGAUGACUGCCUCAUCUGUCGUGGGUCACGCUCCAUAUUACUGCUUGCAGCAGAAGCAGAAAACGGUUGAUGAUUUGUCAAGAAUGUUCAGACUAUUUUCCAAAAAUACCCCAUGGAUUGGAUCCUGUCUCUAGUAUGUUUAAAAAGGUUUGUGAUUUAGAAUCUUUGGAGGAAACGAGACUCAAGUAAAAGUAAACACACAGAGAGUUGUUGGCACAUAGUAAGCUAGAUAAUGCAAUUGUAUAUAAAUAAGCUC